AGAAUAUUGUCUCCUGAAUAGUUUUUGGUAUUAGAAGAAGAAGCAGUUCCACUUUUACAAAAUGUUUAGAUACAUAUUUUUCGUGAGUCUUUGGUUAGUAGUCACUUCGGGAUCGGAUGUUGAAUGGUUAACAGCACCCGAAAAAUUGGAUGACACCGUCGCCAGAUUAUUAUACACAGAAGUAAAAGAUGAAUGGCAGCAUAUAUUUCGUAUUCAAGUGGAAACUUUGCCGUUCAUUACUAAUAUCCCAGAAAGACAAUGUUUCUUCGAUUUAGUAAGUCGCCCGCUUGUUGCUGUAAUGAAUAUCAAUACAUUUAGGCGACUUAAUAAAAACCUAAUUGUGCUCUCUUGGGAUGAUGAGAUGACUUACGGUUAUUAUCACAAAACCAAAAUCGCAAUACUAAACAUGAAUAACUGUAUGAAAGUUAAUCUUAAUAUGAUGAUGGACAAUGCUAUCAUCAUUCCAUCAGCUGACAGUUUGGAUAUUUUUUUUCUUGACUCCAUGACUCCUUGUCUAUUUAGUAAGAAUAAUUAUAAGACUCGGUCUAUUUAUCGAUGCUGGUACAGCUAUUCAAUACAAGACAUGAACACUACUCACCCUAAACUAAGAUUUGCAAAGGAAUUUGACGUUGAUCUUGAUUGGUCGAGCAUACGCAUCGAAAGAUUGCCAUCUGAAGAUUUUGUUGUUCGUGGGUUUCAAGGCCUUCUCUAUAGAGUAAUGAGGAUGGAGUAUUCUAGCGGUGAAUUGCAUACUCUGAUAUCAGUGCCAAGUGCCAAUAGGCAUUUACAAAUGGUAUCGAAAGGCUUGUCUUUUUGCUGGAUCCGCAAGUUAACCCAUGACAAGGGAAUUUAUUGUGAUCAAUUCAAUGACGAAAAUGAAUUAGUUUUCUCGACUGAAGCAUCAUUUAACCAAUCUAUUAUAAUUAUGUACGUACAAUCUGACUAUGAAGGACACAUUAGCUGCUUGGUUGCUAAAGCUGAGUGCACAGAUCCAAAUGAUUGCUGGACAUUCACACGGAAGAGCUUCUAUCGAGAAGGUAAUAAAACCAUAGAAGACACAAUUUCAAUCAAUUGUCGAACACGAAACAGAAAUAAUUGGGUGUUUUUCGGAUUUGAAAGAAAUAGUUCUGAUACAAAUAUGUUAAGUUUCUGUACUCGGUCUGGAUAUUCAUUAGGUACUGGUUCUGAGUGUCAUGUAGAUGCGAGUGAUCAGAUGUAUUGUCUAUGAAACUGAACGUCACUAUGGUCAACGGUUUAAGAUUACUGUUACAAAUCUAAA